UCCUGGAAACCUACCCAGAACCUCCAGCCUCUGUCACCAUGGUCAACUCCUGUUGUGGCUCCGUCUGCUCUGACCAGGGCUGUGGCGAGGAGUCCUGCUGCCGCCCCAGCUGCUGCCAGACCACCUGCUGCAGGACCACCUGCUGCCGCCCCAGCUGCUGUGUGUCCAGCUGCUGCCAGCCCUCCUGCUGUGGCUCCAGCUGCUGCAGGCCCAGCUGCUGCACCUCUAGCUGCUGCCGCCCCACCUGCUGCCAGACCACCUGCUGCAGGACCACCUGCUGCCGCCCCAGCUGCUGUACCACCUGCUGCAGGACCACCUGCUGCCGCCCCAGCUGCUGUGUGUCCAGCUGCUGCCGCCCCUCCUGCUGCGGUUCCAGCUGCUGCAGGCCCAGCUGCUGUGGGUCCAGCUGCUGCCGCCCCACCUGCUGCCAGACCACCUGCUGCAGGACCACCUGCUGCCGCCCCAGCUGCUGUGUGACCACCUGCUGCCGCCCCAGCUGCUGUGUGUCCAGCUGCUGCCAGCCCUCCUGCUGUGGCUCCAGCUGCUGCAGGCCCAGCUGCUGCACCUCUAGCUGCUGCCGCCCCACCUGCUGCCAGACCACCUGCUGCAGGACCACCUGCUGCAGGACCACCUGCUGCCGCUCCAGCUGCUGUGUGUCCAGCUGCUGCCGCCCCUCCUGCUGUGGCUCCAGCUGCUGCAGGCCCAGCUGCUGUGGGUCCAGCUGCUGCCGCCCCACCUGCUGCCAGACCACCUGCUGCAGGACCACCUGCUGCCGCCCCAGCUGCUGUGUGUCCAGCUGCUGCCGCCCCAGCUGUUGCUAG